ACCAGGUGUUUAUGUCGAGCUAAACAUCAUGAGUGAGUUGCUCCGAUCGGCAAUCGCUUUUGUGCUGUGCUUAUGGAUGACUCCACUCUGGUGGGAGGACGGGCAGACGCGUAAGGUGCAUCGUUGUUACCUCGCCCGAAAACUCAAAGAGAUUGGAUGGAACCGGUGGAAUGUCAACAACUUUCUGUGUGUCGCAGAUUUUGUAAGCGGUAUGGAGAUGAAUCUCUCUAAAGCGCGGUCCAGAGGCCAGCGGUGUGUAGGUAUAUUUCAAAUACCAAGUAAAUUCUACUGCUUCGAUAAAUUCGUACCGGGAAUAAGAAACGGGAAGUGUCAUGCGCUUUGCUCGUCCUUUUUAGACGAGGAUCUUGAGGAUGACGUUAUGUGCGCAUCGUACAUCCGCUGGCAAUAUGGAUUUCAAUUCUGGCAUGGCUGGGAGCGCCACUGCCGUCAGAAGGCUCUUCAUGGGCUUCUUGACGGCUGCGACGUGCAAAUCAAGCCAGGUCAAUGGCAUUACUGGUAACGGACGAAGCUCUACAUGAAGAUUAGCCAUCUUCACAUCAAUUUCAUUCCAACCGGAAAGUAGUCCUGUUAUAAAUUGAACAUUGAGAUUCAUCGUUAUAUGGACCAAUCGUCAAUUUAGAGCCGGCAAGUGUAUAGGACCUGAGAUAGAAACGACUUUGGGAUUCAUUCCAGAGACGAUUCAAUUGGAGAUCUAGAAAUUUCGCUGACAAACAGUAAAUUCUAUUUUUAAUAGAGAUAGACGAUUUUUGAAACUUCAGCGAUACAUCAUAUUUUCAGUAAACUCAUCCUUGGAAUAGCAUAUCUACUCUGCGAAAAGCUUAACCCAAUAGGUAUUACGAAAGCAUGUACUUAAAUAGUCACCACCAAUUUUCUUUUUAAUUCUAGAUAAUAAUUUAAAUUCAAUUUUUCUGAAAAAAUCUCUAAUAAUUAUAUUACUGCAACUAUUUUAUAAGCACUGUGGUGCUGGCUGUUGCCAGGGGAAUCCUUCAAAUACAAUAUGUGUGUGUUCCACCCUUUGUCCAUCAUUCAUCCUUCAUUUACUAAAAACUGAAGGCUAUUUAUUCUAGCAAGCGUUUAUAUAUAUAUAUAUAUAUAUAUAUAUAUUUAUAUAAACGAAA